UGAUAAAAAAAAUUAUCCGCGAUUUCAAUAAUAUUUAUCUUUGAAAAUCUAGUCAAUAUUCGCGAUUUUCUUCGAUGAGAACAUACUCAAUGAUACACACGGCUGCUUUCGUAUAAAAUGAACGUUAAAAUCUACCUUUCCUCCAAGCUGGUCGAACAUUGCAGCUUCUGCCAGCUGUUCGGUGUUAUCGAAGUACAGCGCGAUGAGAUCCGGUUCGCCGUUCUAGAUUGCAAACUUCUACCGGGUACCUACCUAAUAGGAGAAAUCUGCAGCGAGUCAGACUACCGACGGCUACAAGCAGACCCGACCGACUGCAACCGGGACAUUCUGCUACAGGAGGAAAACUUUCUGCGCUUGGCGAUAUCGGAUCGGGGCCGAAUCAAACAUGUAACGACGAAGGUGAAGGGUGUUACCAUUGAAACGCUGAACAAGGUGAUGAUUGUGUUCGACGAUAAGGGGUUUUCGAAUUUGUCCGAAAACCAGCUGCAACUAGACGAGGACGGCAAUGAUUUGCUGCACUUAGCCCGGCUGAUUAAGUCUUCGAAACCGCAGCGGAACUCGGCGCUACAAGAUUUGCUGGGUUAUGCUGCUGGAAGUCAACUGAUGAGCACGGUGGCUUUCACCCUGCGACCUUUAUUGGUCAUUUUGAGAAUUAUUUUCAAGAAAACUGCACUGUUUUAUCACUUCUCGGAGUGGACUGCCAGCAUCAGGAGCAGGAGUUUUGAUGGAGCUAAAUGGGCAUUGUUGUUUGACAUAGGAUUUGGCGUGGCGAUUCUUUCGCUGGUGUUGUGCUUUGGAAAUCCGGGCAUUCAUUUUAUGGAGUAUGCGGAGAUGAUUGUGAACCAUUUGCGAGAUUUGCUGAAAACCCUGCGCGGUAGUCCAAUCGGGCUUAAAUUGAAUGCCCCGUUGAACGACUUCUUUCUCAGCUGCUUUCUCUAUCACGUGGACCUCUGGUGGACGUUUCUGAUAAUCGUUUCCCCAGCAAUACGUUUUCUGUUUAUCCCGCUGUCGGUACUAGGAUUGUUGGGAUUAUCGUUCCAGCUAGCGAUGCUUUCAGACUUGAUCAUUCUAAUCAGUCUGCACGCGCACUGUUUCUACAUUUACGCUGCAGUGUUAUACCGGAUCGAAAUUGGGGGAAUUCGUGCCCUGUGUCGGAUUGUUUUGGGUAAAAAGAAGAAUGUACUGCGGGAUCGUGUCGAGUCGCAUGAAUACAUGAAUCGGCAGCUCUUUCUAGCCACGUUGACAUUCGCAGUACUGAUUUUUCUGUUGCCAACAAUUCUCGUUUACUAUGUAGUUUUUGCUACACUUCGCUUCGCCAUCUAUUGCAUGUCGUACACACUGAUGACCAUUCGGCGAACGAUACUUCAAUUCCCGUUCGAUGCCAUGAUAAGGUGGCUGCGGGGAAUGUACACCGAUGUCGAAAGUUUGGAAAUUUACAACAUCGGAUCGUAUGCCAAUGAGAACAUCACCGUCAUCUAUAUCGCACCAAGAGUAAGCAGAUGUUUCUGGAAAGACCAGAGUUUGCAGCGGCGGAAGCAGAACGCUAAAUCUGCUGGCGAUGGUCAGCUGGAUUCGGUACGAAGUACGAUCUCGAUUGGGCGAUUUUUCGUUAGUUUAAUCCGCGGGGAGAUGGUUGCCUUUAUUCAGCCAGAUGAGAGUCAUUACCGCAGAGACGUGUAGACUGAGUAAAUACGUAUUUGAUUGCGAUUUGUAGUUAUUAAAUCGGGAAUGGCAAUGA